GCUGAAGAAAGACGUCAGAUAUUUUUACUCAGGACCAAGAACCAAAGAUGGAAUCAUGGACUUUGCUAAUCGAGUCGGAGGGCCGCUGAUUCGACCUCUGAACAGUCUGCAACUCUUCCAACACGCCAUGAACCGCCAUGAUGUCAUGUUUGUUUACGUUGGAGCCACAUCACAGCUGAAGGGAAACUACACAUCAGCAGCAGAAGAGCUGAUCGUCCACACCUUCUUCUUCUCCUCUUCCAGAGAUGUCCUGCCGAAGGUGGUGUCCCUGCCAUCCCUGCCAGCCGUGGUGGUUUUUAAAGAUGGGACUUUCUUCACGUUUGAUGAGGAACGUGACGGAGACCUGAAGUCGUGGAUCAACAGAGAACGUUUCCCAAACUUCUUCAGGAUCGACAGCUACACCCUGUACGCCAUGGGAGACUCAGGUAACCUCACCUGUCCUCUGUCCCCACCUGUCCUCUGUCCUCAUGUGUCCCCACCUGUCCCCACCUGUCCUCCAUCCUCACCUGUCCUCUGUGCUCAUGUGUCCCCACCUGUCCCCACCUGUCCUCUGUCCCCACCUGUCCUCUUUCCUCACCUGUCCCCACCUGUCCCCACCUGUCCUCACCUGUCCCCACCUGUCCUCUGUCCUCACUUGUCCUCAACUGUCCCCACCUGUCCCUACCUGUCCUCACCUAAGGAGACGUGUCUCUGA